AUGUCUCCGUUCUCUACUUCCUUUACCAUAUGCUCAUGGAUGAAGAGACUUCAUGAUGCGAGUCACCCAAUAGUGUUGCACUACUGGCCAUGGGAAUUGGUCAUCGGAGACAACGGAUAUUGGAAUUACGCUAACGGGUACCUAGAUCUAAGCGGAAGGUUCCCAGAAGCUAAACAGUGGUUCCAUCACUGUUUAUCGUGGGUGGUUGGAGAAACCAAGCUACAGAAAACACAGACAGCGCUAGAGGAAUCAGAGACCAAGCACCAAGGGACCAAAAGUGUGCUAACAGAAUCAGAGACCCAGCACCAAGGAACCAAGACUGAGCUAAGUGAAUUAGAAUCUGAGCUACAGGAAGCAUGGACAGCGCUAGAGGAAUCAGAGACCAAGCACCAAGAGACCAAAAGUGUGCUAACAGAAUCAGAGACCCAGCACCAAGGAACCAAGACUGAGCUAAGUGAAUCAGAGACCGAACUACAGCAAAAAGAAAACAAACUAAUCAAAACCGAACAGGAACUACAAGAAAUAACUAAAACUCUAAACGACACUCUAUCGGAACUAACAGAGAUGAAAGAGAACAAGGCUGAUUGUAGGGAAUUAAAGAUGAAGCUCCAGGAAACUGAUGCCAAACUUAACAGCACCCAACAGGAACUACAAGAAAACACGAAAACUCAGAACGGAAACCUUUUGGAGGAGGCUAGAAGUCUUGAAACUGUCAGUAGAUGGGACGUUUUGUUCACUCCCCCUUACCUGAAUAAGCUCUUUACACGGCAGCUCUACAAUCAACUGACCAACUGCAGUUGGGAUAUGAUGGAAGAGUUCAUUGGGGUGAACGUUACAGUGGGACUGGUGGAGCAUUUCAGACAAAACCACGCGGAACACGAAACUUGCGACGAGGAAUGAACUGAACAUCAGCUACUGUAGUC